GCUCAGCCGUGCUCCCCACCCCUCCGCCUGUCAUCCUCGCUCCCCAGCCAGCCCCUUCCAUCGCCGAUGCUGCAGGCAGGAUUUCCCCCCCUCUCCCAACCCAGCCCAGCCCGUCUCUCUUCCCGCGGGACGCGCCAACGAUUCAACCUCUUUUGCAACAAUGGGCCGGGACGCUCGUCGUAGCCUGACGCGCUAACGUCCUCUCUUUUUCCAGCCUUCAAAUAUGAAUCAUGCGUCUGAUGCUCCAGCCGAGACUGCUCGCUAGCAUCCUGAUAGCCCUGCUGCAUUCGUUUUCCUCAGCAUCAACGGUGUCCCCCCGCGCGCAGAAUGAGGAGGAGCCGAGGGAGCGCGAUGCCGGCAGGACGCGGCGCGAGCACGGGCACGAGGUGGCCAUCACUUACCCAUCACGCCUCAUCUACUAUGUGAACGAGGAGGCGGAGAGCGCGCACCACGACUUGGACACUCGCGCGCGCAACCAGGCCGAUGGCCAGGCCGUUCACUUAGCCGAGGUGAGCUUCCAGCUGGAUGCCUUCGGUUCCACUUUCACUCUGGAUCUCACACUAAACAACGAUCUGCUGUCUUCAGACUACGUGGAGAUCCACUAUGAGAAAGAUAAACCAGUCCUGUCGAAGGGAGGGGAGCACUGCUACUACCAUGGUAGAGUGAGAGGGAACGAAGCCUCUCGAGUGGCUCUGUCAACUUGCAGUGGGCUUCGUGGAAUGUUCGACGAUGGGGUGUUUGUUUAUCUCAUCGAGCCCUUAAACCAGACUCACUCCACGGAAACAGAGUCUCGACCUCACACCUUGCGCCGGACGUCAUCGCUCCGUAUGGGCCAUGACCCCGCUGAUCUGGCUGCCGAGGACCAGGGGAAGGAAGAGGAGGAUGAAGAGCAGAUCUUCUCCGACAUGCCUUGGCUGAGGAGGCGUAGGAAACGAGCGGUGCCACAGAAGGUAUUUGAGGAAAUGAAGUAUCUGGAAAUUAUGAUCGUCAGUGACCACAACACAUUUAAGAGGCAUAACAGCAAAAAGCAUACCAGGAACUUUGCCAAAUCAGUGGUCAACCUUGUAGAUGCUAUCUUCAAAGAGCAGCUGAACACGCGUGUGGUGCUGGUUGCCGUGGAGAUCUGGACAGACAGAGACAGGAUUCCUCUUAGUGUGAAGCCUCUGGAAAUGCUCAGAGAUUUCUCCAAAUAUCGACAGCAGAACAUCCGCAUCAAUGCUGAUGCUGUCCACCUCUUUACGAAUGUCACGUUUCAUUAUGGCCGGAGCAGCGUGGCCUACAUCGGCGGGGUGUGUUCAGCAGGACGAGGAGUGGGUGUUAAUGAGUUUGGCAGCACAUGGACGAUGGCUGCCUCUCUCUCUCAAAGUCUGGCACAGAAUUUGGGCAUCCAGUGGGACCCUGUUAUCAGGAGAAAAGAGUGUGGCUGCAUGGACUCAUGGGUGGGAUGCAUAAUGGAAGAUACAGGAGUGCAGCAUCCUCGCAGGUUCUCCAAAUGCAGCAUCACUGACUAUAAGAACUUUCUGCUCAGGGGAGGCGCUUCCUGUCUGUUUAACAGACCCAACAAGCUCUUUGAGGCUACAGAGUGUGGCAAUGGAUACGUGGAGGUUGGAGAGGAGUGUGAUUGUGGAGCCCGGAUGGAGUGCUAUAAAGACUGCUGUAAGAAGUGCUCUCUGUCUAAUGGUGCUCACUGCAGUGACGGGCCCUGUUGUAACAGCACCUGUCUGUUUAUUCCACGGGGGUACAGCUGCCGCUAUGCUGUGAAUGACUGCGAUAUUACAGAGACUUGCUCAGGAGACUCGGGACAGUGUCCUCCUAACCUUCAUAAGCAGGAUGGCUACCCCUGUCAGCUUAACCAGGGCCGUUGCUAUGGAGGCGAGUGCAAGACCAGGGAGAGCCAGUGCAAGUACAUCUGGGGUCCAAAGGCCGGGGGCUCAGAGAAGCACUGCUAUGAAAAGCUAAACACUGAGGGGACAGAGAAAGGAAACUGUGGCGUUGAUGGGGAGAAGUGGAUCCCCUGCAGCAAACAUGAUGUGUUCUGUGGGUACCUUCUGUGCACCAACAUCGGCAGAAACCCCAGGAUUGGGACUUUGAAAGGUGACAUCACCCCCACCACUUUCAACCAUCAGGGGCGACUGGUAGACUGCAGCGGCGGCCGUGUCCUCUUGGAUGACGACACUGAUCUGGGUUAUGUGGAGGACGGGACGCCAUGUGGCCCCUCCAUGAUGUGCCUUGACCGGAAGUGUCUGCCCAUCUCCUCCCUCAACCUCACAGCCUGUCCUUCAGGGCCUGAUGGACGUGUUUGCUCUGCACAUGGCGUGUGCAAUAACGAAGCCACGUGCACCUGCGACGCCACCUGGGCGGGAACAGACUGCAGCAUGCACGACCCGCCGAAAGAGCCACCUGUCGUCGAAGACGAAGGUCCUAAGGGUCCUAGCGCCACCAACCUUAUCAUAGGCUCCAUCGCGGGGGCCAUCCUGAUGGCAGCCAUAGUGCUGGGGGGGACGGGAUGGGGAUUUAAAAAUGUCAAGAAAAGACGAUACGAUGCCAAUGCCAGCGCUAUCUAGAAGAGGACUCGAGACUGCAGCCUUGCCUGGUGUCCCAUGGGUUUUGACAGCGAGCUACCUGCUGGACUGUACCCUCUCCUGCUGCUAACAGCCAGUUAGCAUUACUUGAAAAAAGAGAAAAGGAAAACAAGGAAGAGACAAAGAACAAUAGAUUAUUUUUCACCCAAAGUCAUGCACCCGACGCCUGCCCAAGACCCUUGUUCUCUUACACGAUCUUUGACCCAUCACCUCGAUGACCAGCCGUGGGUACUGCUUUCCCGCUCCGAUCAUCCUGACCUUCCCGUUUUUAAACUUGGCAUGAUCAGCCCUGGCUAUGGCACUUGCAUGGCAGAGGAGGGUCACCAACUCAACACAAAAAGCUAAAAACGAAGAACAUAAUUCUAUAAAUUUAUAAAUUUAGAAUGAUAUAAAGAAGAGCAAGUUGGAGAUGAACCUGCAUUGAAUAUGCUGCAUCGAUCAUAGAACCAAUGACAGGUGGGACUCCCCUCUAGUGGUCUCAAGGCCUGAAUGGGCCUAGGCUGCCUGACCUCACGGAAAAGACUCAUACCGUAUUGAGACAAAAGACGAGACUUUGGUCUCGUUGUCUCGGCUUCAUUUUACACGGACAUAGAUUUAAACUGCUUUUUCUUUCCAGUUUUAGCAUGUUGUAUUGCAGGAAUUUUCUGCCAUAUUAAUGAUAAAAGAGGAAACCAAACAAAGUUAGAAUCCAACAAUGUGGCCAGCGAGUACACUGUAAACUCUGGCGUAGUCAACACACAUAUAAACAAGCACGCACACACAUACAUGCACACAUACACACCAUUAUUUAUGCCUGGUUAUGUCAAUAACUGCUCCCCUUAUAACGUCUUAUACUGGCUGGGCCUAGUGGCCCUGUAGGACCACCCUGUGCGGAAUGUUCUUUCAGCUAAACCGAGAGCUGCAUGAUGUAAUUGCACUGGGGGCGGAGCCCACUCAGCCUGCCGCGCUUCUUAAGGUAACUGCAUGUCAAAGGAAAAAAAAAACAAUUAACUUUUACUUACUAUGCAAAGGGGAAACGUCGCACAGACCCUAUGGAUCGGUAACCAUAGAGAAAUGAUACCAACUGCACAAUUGACUCUAUCAUGCUACCAUUAGGCAGUCUUUUAUAUGCUUGGCCAUGACUACGUUGGUCUUUUGAAUAAACUUCUAAAUACUUAAAAAUGAAUGUUUCAAGGAAAAACUCAGCUUCUAAAAUUUAAUAUUUGUUAUCAUAGUCAUAUUUGUGGGACAGCAAAAAGCAAAAAUACAGUGAGUAAUCGGUAGUAGGCUAUCGAGUGGACUGGCCCAGUGUCAUAGAAGGGGGGGGUUAUUUUGGGAUUAACCAAUAGGGAAGAUUUCAGGGGUUUUCUCCACUGGCAUAGGCCACUUCAUGUCCAUUCUCAUCACCACAAGCCCACCCCUUUUGCAUUCAUCUCAUGUUCCCAUGGAAAUAUUUACAAAACAAUAAAGAGGUUGACAAAAAAU